AUGUCUUAAAUUGCAGUAAAGUGGGAGAUUCAACGUUUAUAAGGAACUUUACCAAAUAAAAUAACGAAUCCUUGCACAUUUUAUGAGGAUAAUUUAUAUUUAAUAGUUGAUAACUACAAACAGAAUGAUUUGUAUAGUUUAAGCUUGAUUGAUUUUAAAUGGCGGAAAUUAUGCAAUGGAAUUCCAUUUAAGGCUAGGUGA